CUGCUGCAUCUGAACACGGUCAUCAUGCCUCGGGGUCAGAAGAGUAAGCUCCGUGCCCGUGAGAAACGCCGCCAGGCCCUAGAAGAGCCUGAGGACCUGGGUCUUCAGAGAGCCACAUCCACCGCCACUACUGCUGCAGCUGUUUCAUACAGAAGAUCGAAUGAAGGUGCCAACAACCAAGUGGAAGGAAGGCCAAGAUCCUCCCAGGCCCAGCCCACCACCGAGCUCUCCCAUAGAGGCCCUCUAGAUGAGAAGGUGUUUAUAUUGGUGUACUAUCUGCUGUACAAGUAUCAAAUGAAAGAGCCAAUUAGUAAGGCAGAUAUGCUGAGAAAUGUAAUCCAAACGUACAGGAAUCACUUCCGUGAGAUCCUCAAGAGAGCUUCUGAGCAUGUGGAGCUGAUCUUUGGCCUUGACAUGAAGGAAAUGGAUCCCUACAGGCACAUCUAUGUCCUCGUCAACAAACUGGAACCAAGCUGUGAUGGGGGGAUGAGUGAUGGUAGUAGUCUGCCCACAAGUGGUCUGUUAAUGAUUGUCCUGGGUGUGAUCUUCACAAAGGACAACUGUGCCACUGAGGAGCAAAUGUGGGAAGUGCUGAAUAUGAUGGGUGUAUAUGCUGGGAGGUGGCACUACAUCUAUGGGGAGCCCAGAAAGCUCAUCACUCAAGAUUUAGUGAAAGAAAAUUACCUGGAGUACCGGCAGGUGCCCAACAGUGAUCCUCCACGCUAUGAAUUCCUGUGGGGUCCAAGAGCCCACGCUGAAACCAGCAAGAUGAAAGUCCUGGAGUUUGUGGCCAAGAUCCAUAAAACGGUCCCUAGUGCCUUCCCAUCCUGGUAUGCAGAGGCUUUGCGAGAUGAGGAAGAGAGAGCCCGAGCCAGAGCUGCAGCCAGGGCUCGUACUGCUGCCAUGGCCAGUGCACGUUCCAAGGCUACGGCCAGUGCACGUUCCAGGGCUACGGCCAGUGCACGUUCCAGGGCCACGGCCAGUGCACGUUCCAGGGCCAUGACUAGCAGCGUCUCUCACCCCUAG